AUUGCAGCGUAUAGUGUGUUGUAUGUUUCUUUUUGUCUAUUAUUUAUGCUGUAGCAAUGGAAGUUCAAAAGCAUUCAGUGCACACUUUAGUAUUUCGUUCCUUAAAAAGAACGCAUGACAUGUUCCUUGCAGAUCAAGCAAAUCCUCCACCACCUAGUGAUAAGAGUGAGCAAAUGAAGAUGAUCAAAGCUCGAGAUGAGUAUGGUUCAGUAUUGCAUCUCGUUAAAAGUAAACAAGUUCGCGAAGAUCGGGAGAAUGAAGCGCAUUUAAAUAACAGUAAAAACGAAGAAAAUACGGAUGAACAUUUGGAACACAGACCUUCUUUAAAUGAAUUUGAAGGGCGAGAACUGUAUGAAACCGAUGCCCCCCCUCCUGGUAUGGAAGAGAUGUAUCAGAUACCUGCUCCUGCUGCUCCUCCAUCGCAAGCUGUUGUUUUGGCCGGCGUACAGCAACAAGCAAUAACUACAAGACGUGCUCCAAGCAUUCCAAAACCUCAGUGGCAUCCACCUUGGAAACUGUACAGAGUGGUUAGUGGACAUUUAGGGUGGGUAAGGUGCUUAGCUGUAGAACCUGGCAAUGAAUGGUUUGCCACGGGCUCAAAUGAUAGAAUUAUAAAGAUAUGGGAUUUAGCGAGUGGAAAAUUAAAACUGUCAUUGACGGGUCAUAUAAGUGCUGUCAGAGGCCUUGCUAUUAGCUCAAGGCAACCAUACUUAUUUUCAUGUGGAGAAGAUAAACAAGUUAAGUGUUGGGAUCUUGAAUAUAACAAAGUAAUCCGGCAUUAUCAUGGGCAUUUGAGUGGUGUUUAUGCUUUAGCUCUCCAUCCAACAAUUGACAUUCUUGUCACUGGUGGCCGAGACUCUUGUGCUAGAGUGUGGGAUAUGAGAACUAAAGCCAAUAUACACUCCUUGGCUGGCCACACUAAUACUGUAGCUAGUGUACAGUGUCAGGCAAUUGAGCCUCAAGUUAUGACUGGAAGUCAUGAUUGCACUAUUCGUUUGUGGGAUUUAGUAGCUGGCAAGACCCGUGUUACAUUGACUCACCAUAAAAAGAGUAUUCGUGCUUUAUUGAUCCAUCCUCGAUUAAAUAUGUUUGCUUCUGGAGCUCCAGAUAACAUAAAACAGUGGAAAUGUCCUGAUGGAAAUUUUAUUCAAAAUCUUAGUGGCCAUAGUGCUAUAGUUAAUUGCCUUGGUAUUAAUGCAGAUAAUGUGUUAGUUUCUGGUGGAGACAACGGCACCUUAUAUUUUUGGGAUUGGAGAACUGGUUAUAAUUUUCAGAGAUUGCAAGCACCUGUACAACCUGGCUCAAUUGACAGUGAAGCUGGUAUAUUUGCAUGUACAUUUGAUCAGAGUGGAAGCAGACUAUUAUCAGCAGAAGCUGACAAAACUGUUAAAAUAUUCAAAGAAGAUGAAGAAGCAACUGAAGAUACUCAUCCUGUUAACUGGAAACCUGAGAUUAUUAAAAGAAAGCGUUUCUGAAAUAUUUUAUAUAUUGCAAUGUUUUCAAAAACAUUCAGUUCAUUUAUAUUUUACUGUAUCAUUGAUAAGUCAUGAUAUAAAACCUAAUUUGCAUUAUGUAA